UUUCAUUAUUUAAUUUAAAUAUUAAUUUUGAAAAAAAUCAAUAAAAAUUUAAUGAAUUUGAUUCAACAGUAAUUUAUUUUUUUAAUAAAUAUAAAUUACAAAAAAAAGAUUUUGUCAACGUUUCGAAGGUUAAUCCUUCAUUAUCAAGACAAGAUGUUAAGUGAAUCACAAAGAAAAAAAGAAAAAGAAAGAAAAAAAAUCAUCUGUUCUAUAUUCCAAUUGGAAAUUGUAUUCAGCCCUCGCCGAUGAUGUGAAUAUCUUACCAUUUCUUAUAACUGUCCUUUCACUCCUGUUAAAGGUAUCGAUGAUAACUUUCAAUUAGAACGUAAAACUGAUCACUUGUUUCUUUCUCGAUUCGUGCAUCAUCAGUACAUCUAUCAGAUAUAGAUAAUCAUAAAUAUCAUACUCCUUGUAAAAGUAUGUAAAAAUAAAAAAAUAAUCUUUAACGAAAUUCCAAUGAACAAUUAUCCGACAAUUGAAUCACUUAAAUCGAUCUAUCCCCAAUUUAUAGUUUAUGAAGAACAACAUAAUUAGAUAAACGAAAGAAUAUUUUAAAAAAUAAAUCGAAUUUCCAACUGAAUAAGAACCAAAAUAAUAAUAUUAAUAUUAUACCACCAGAAAUUAUUUCAGAUAUUGAACUAUCUGUCAUUUCACAUUAUAAAAUUGGUCAUCUGUUGACAAAACGCAAUCCAAAGAUAAUUUCUUUUAUUAAGUCAAUUUCCAAAAAGAAGAUAUCCACUACCACCAAUACUCAAUUGAAUAAUACUUCAGUGAAUAACCUAAAUACAACAACAAAUAAUAAUAAAACAGAUGUAGUAAAUAGUAAUUUAAAUUCUAAUACAAAUAUGACACUUAAUAAGUUUUCAUUUAAAAAUUUAAUACAUAACUCGGAUAAGAAAUGAAUUGUGAAGUCACCCUGGUCAAUCACGCCCGACCGGAUUCCGUCGUUUCCGUAUAAUUCCGAUCGGAACACGUCGAAAUUUCACCAGAAUCCUAACUAACGGAUUCUACAGGAUCCGUCGAAAAUCCGACCGAGUUCUGUCGGAUUGUAACGGAUUCCGACGAAAUCCGAACCGGAAUCCGUUAGUUAGCAUUGUUUCUCCUGGGCAUAUAUUAAUUCACAUGAAGAUAAUCAUAACAAAUCUACAGCUGAGUCUAAAAAUAAAAUAUCUUUCAAUUUAAAAAGUAAUUCAGAUGAAGUUAAUCAUAUUGAACUUUCACUGAAAUCUAAUAAUGAAUCUACAGUUGACUCUAAAAGUAUAAUAUCGUCCAAUAUAAGAAUUGAUUCAGACAAAGAUACUCAAUCUAAAACUAACAAUGAUAAUUAUAAUACAGUUACACUUAAAUUUGAAAAAGAUAAUUAUAUUGAAUCUACAAUUGAAAGUAAUACAGAUAAUCAUAAUGAAUCUACAUCUAAAUCUAAAAGUAAAGAUAAUUAUAAUGAAGUUACAUCUAAAUCUAUAAGUUGUAAUGAAGUUAGAUCUAAAUCUAAAAGGAAAAUAUCUUCGAGUUUAAACAUUAAUUCAGAUGAAGAUAAUUAUAAUGAAUUUACAUCAAAAUCUAAAAAUAAAAACAAGUAA